CUGUUGCGCUUGCCGAGCUGUUAAUAAGUGACCUGGCUGUCGGAUUAAUCCGAAAUACAACCAAAGAAAUUUUGGAUACCGUUAAAUGGAACGCUUUUAAGCGUCGAAGCUAAACGCAAAAAUGCUCUUCUUAUCGCCCUGGACCAAAUAAAUGCGCACAAUUCAAAUCCAAACAUGAGCUAUAAACUUGCCAUGAACGAAUAUUCUGAUCUCGAACCGGCAGAAUUUAACUCGAAAAUGAACGGGUUUAAGGCUCCAUCUCAUCCAAAUGUAAGAGUUGUGGGGCAAUCCGAUGCAAGUUCAUCCGCGGCAACGGCACGUUUGCCUGUGAGCGUUGAUUGGAGAACCUCUGGAUAUGUGACACCGGUUAAAAAUCAAGGUUCUUGUGGUUCAUGUUGGAGCUUUUCUGCAACGGGAGCAAUGGAGGGUACGCAUGCAAAAAGGACCGGAGUAUUGCUAAAUUUAUCGGAACAGGAUUUAAUCGACUGUUCUUCCCGUACGAAAAUAACCGUGGAAUUAAGACACAAGCUAGUUACCCAUACAGAGGGGAACAACAAGUCAGGUUACGAGGAAGUUGUUUAUGGAAAUGAGAUAUCGUUGAAAUAUGCCGUGGUUCAAUUUGGGCCGAUUUCUGCUGCGAUUGAUGCAAGAUAUUUACAAUAUUACUCGUCCGGAAUAUUCAAUGAUACCGCAUGUUCCAGUUCUAGCCUGAAUCAUGCCGUCCUAGUGGUUGGAUAUGGGCAGGAUUCGAGUGGAAACUUAUACCGGACUGUGAAGAACUCCUGGGGAACUUCGUGGGGUGAGAACGGAUACUUACGGUUGGCAAGAUACGCUGGUAACAUGUGUGGAAUUGCAACCAUGGCAAGUUAUCCAACUUACGAUUAGGGAGGGGAAUACAUACAAAUUAAUGUCACAUCAAUACUGAAAAUUUUUAAAUUAAUCAUAUAAAUUGGGCAAAUUGAUAUUACUUCCUCUUGAAUUUCUUAGCAUUUUAGUUAUUCUUAAUAAUUACAGGAAUAUUAACCAUUAUCAUAAAUUCGAAAUAAAUUAGCUAGAUAAAUUAUAUAUAUAAAUUUAAUUAUUACUUAAUACGAAGACUUAAUGACCAACAGUGAACAAAAUUUAAUUCGUCAAGGUGAGAAUUUCAUCAAAUGAUUUUAUAACUUGAUUUUGAAAAACGUGAAAUAAAUGCGAAAUCAACCUUCCAGUGUGAUGGUUAACUACCUA